AUGGCCGCGAUUCCGGCCUUGUUUACCUCCGCCCCCCCAAUCCGUGACGCCCUGACCACGCAGACCUCUGAAAGUCAGGACGAGACGGUCAAAGUAUGCCUACCUUUUCUCUCAGGCCAAGAGCCUGGAACACGCAAUGAUUACGGAAUUCCGCAUCUGAGCCGGGAUCGCCACAUCAAGUUUCUGCAGACCCAACUCGGCGAGUUGCCUGGGGCCUUCAAGGCCAUGGACCCGGGCCGGCCAUGGAUCUUCUACUGGUGCCUAGCUGCGUUGACACUUCUCGGUGAAGAUGUGGUCUCCUAUCGCGAGAGACUUGUCGCGACUGUGCGUCCCAUGCAGAACGAGGGCGGCGGAUUCGCUGGGGGUUUCGGCCAAGACUCACAUCUCGCCACUACAUAUGCAAUAGUCCUGUCGUUGGCCCUCGUCGGCGGGGAUGAUGCCUUCGAGGUGGUGGACAGGAAGAGCAUGUGGAGAUGGUUGGGCUCCCUCAAGCAGCCUAACGGAGGAUUUCAGAUGGCGGUAGGGGGUGAAGAGGAUGUGAGGGGUGCCUACUGUGCCGCGGUUAUCAUCUCCCUGCUCAACAUUCCCCUCGACCUCCCAACAGACUCGGCUGCAUAUUCAGCAGGCCACACUGACCUCCUUAGUGGGUUGGGAGAAUGGAUAAGUCGCUGCCAAACAUACGAAGGAGGUGUGUCAGCUAAGCCGGGAACGGAGGCGCAUGGUGCAUAUGCCUUCUGCGCCCUAGGCUGUCUGUCGAUUCUGGAUUCUCCACAUAGAGCUGUUCCACGAUACCUCGACGUUCCACGACUCAUCUCGUGGAUCUCGUCCCGACAGAAUGCCCCAGAAGGCGGCUUCUCGGGUCGCACGAAUAAACUUGUUGACGGAUGCUACUGCCACUGGGUCGGUGGAUGCUGGCCCUUGAUCCAGGCCAGCCUGGGCGGCCCGCAGGAGGGACCCAAAGCUGAGGACGUAAACAAUGAUGCAGCGGCGGAAGAGGCAGGCGAUCAUAGCUUGUUCAGCCGAGAAGGUAUGAUCCGUUACAUCCUCUGCUGCUGCCAGGACACGUCGAAGCGCGGCGGGCUCAGGGACAAACCAAGCGCCUACUCUGAUGCCUAUCAUACUUGCUACGUACUCUCCGGCUUGAGCUCUGUACAGCACAAGUGGACCCUGAAUGUUGCUCGCACUGACCCGUCCGUUGAGAGGACUGACAAGUGGUCUGUACGCCCCUUUAAGGAGGGUGGCCAACAGAUAUUUGACGAGGAGGACCGCGUCCGCACAACUCACCCUGUAUUCGUGAUUCCCCAGCAAAAAGCAGAGGACAUGCUGAACUAUUUUGCAGCAAAGUUUGGAUUCUAG